CGCAUUCUUCUUUCCCGCGUCCUCCAUUUUUCACGUAUUCGUCCUGUUCUUUGUUUCGUAUUUCUACCCAGAUCAUCUUCAAUUUCCCCUGUUUCUCUUCCUCACUCUUCGUCUUCCUUCGCAUUUCCAAGUACUACUCUCCCUCACCUUCAUUCGUUCGUCCCUGUUCGCGUCGAUUCUUUAUUUUUCUCUUAAGCCUAAUCUUUAUUCUCGAUUCUUCUGCAGUGUGCCAGCCCUUGAGCCCUUUGCGCAAAAUCUAUUUCACGUUCCUCAACAAAGUAACUCUCCAAAAGGAUGCAUCAGCCUACAAAAUUGCCGGCCUCUGGCUUGACGAUCGCCCUGAUGGUCACCUCGACCUCCGUCGCCCUUUACCUCCUCAACACGACCGAGAACUUCAAGAAGGCUCAGGAUAUGAUGAUGACAUCCCAAUUAGCGUUCCUGAGCGCAGCCUCGGCCUUUGUGUUGCUCUUGAUCGCGUCCUUUGACCAGAUUAAGGCUCCCCUCAAGUUCAUCUACUCAUGCUUUCUUAAGCCCUUGGGCAAGGCCGGCGACAGCUCCUCACAGCAGGGUCGUUUGGAAGCAUUUUACAAGGAGCAGGCGGAGAGUAAGUGCAGCAGCAAUGGUUGACAUUUGAUUUUUUCUUUAUUUCCUUUCUUUUCCUGCGGACUACACCAGAAGGACAUCUCCCUGUUUCUGGGCUCUUCAAUGAGAGGACGACGCUUUGAAUAAGGGCGGAACAAAAGAGAAUAACAUUACUUCGAUCCAGUGUCGCGAUUGUAAUGAGCGAAGAGAGGAGGAGGA